AUGCAUCGUUGCUGCAUCGAAUUGCUUUCCUCCGCAUUGCAGACCCCGUUGUUCCGCCUACCAUCUGUUCUGGAUGCAAAAUCCUUUACACGUCUGGUGAAUACACAAGGGAAAGUUUUAGAAAAAUACCUAGCUGAUAAAUAUCGUCAGUCUUCUCCCCAUUCUCAUUCGCAUGCGUUUGAGCAAAUAAUAAGGGAAAAGGCUGAGCUGGCUGCUGCUCCUCUAAAGUCGUUGAGACGAAAUGAGGUAGAGUAUAUUAUUAACGAGAAAUAUGAGCUUAAGAGUAAACAGCUUGUAACUUGCCUCGUCCCAUACCAAUAUGCUGUCAAUAUCAUACUUCGAAGGCUACCAAAUGAGAUAAGGGAAAAGUGUAUUGAUGAGUUGAAAUCUCAGGAGAAUGAUAUAUUGGAAGGGAAGCCUACAAAAUCGAAUCGGUGGAUUCAGUGGGAGGACAUAGAUGUUUAUAAGUCUACUGGUAUCAACUAUCUGAAGCGCGUUUCUACAAUAAUGAAGAAACGCAUACCCAUUUUCUCUAUCAUGGGUCAUAUUAACCACGGUAAAACAACUCUUCUUGAUGCUCUCCAGCAUUCCAGCGUUGCUAACGACGAGCCACAUGGAAUCACGCAGUCUAUAAGGGUGUUUACCAUUCCUUAUUUGGAAUCCGGUGACUUAUUCACUUUCAUUGACACACCAGGGCAUAAAAUAUUUGCUGAAAUGAGAUUCCACUCUCAUGUAGUUGCAGAUUACAUUGUUUUGGUAGUUUCCGUCGUUGAGGGGAUUGGAAGCCAGACACAUGAAGUAAUUAAGGUUGCACUAAAUGUUGAUAAGCCAAUAAUUGUGGUAAUCAAUAAACUGGAUCUUUUAUCCGAUGCGAUUAUGGCAGAGAGUAAGGUCCAUCGAAUUCUUGUCGAAUUACGAGAAAUCGGCAUUGAUGUGGAUUUGGUUCACACCGAGCGUGGUUUGGAGGAUUUAUGCAAGCCUUUUACCCAACAAACGGAGUCCAUCGUUGUUGAUGGAUAUCAGAGAGAAAACUAUUUUCUUCCCAUGAAGAAAAUCGAUCCUUGCUACAAAGGAAGUAUCAUCAAGCCAAAACUAAACCUCCGAAGGAAAUGUCUAGGGGUGUGUAUAUCAGCCAAGAAAAUGGUCAAUAUGCGGCUCCUUUGGUCUCUUUUGCACAAAUGCAAGGAAGAGGUAGCGCCUGUUUGUCAUAGUAAUUCCUUAGGCUACAAGGAGCACAACUGUGCUGUGCAAGCCCUCGUCGUUGAAUCUUCCAAGCACUUGUUUGACGAGGAAGGGUUCCGCCGAAAUCGUUUCAAGCAGCGUAUUCAGUGCCGUCUGGAUGCGAGAAAGGACAGGUAUUUGAAAGAAAUUCAGCGCAAAGGGCCCGCGGCUCGCCUGAAUGUGGUACGCAACUCUCUUUUUCGUCAGUUGAGUAAAUUCAAUCGAACGAGCACCAAUGUCCUCGUGCUGGCCGUCAUUGUGACUGAGGGUGUCAUGACACGAGGUAUGAAUUUUGUUGCCGAUCAAGCAGAGGGUCGCGUCGAUUACAUGAUGGACUAUUGGGGGAAUUCCAUCGAACGAGCGAUCCCGGGGAUGGCGGUUACAAUCGUCGACGUCAAUAGCAACAGCGGCCUGCCUGGGGUUGGGAUUCACGUGCUCUCCAUCACUGAUGAAGCGGGGCGGCUUCGAAUUCAUGCCUACCGGCAAAUGCUACAGUGGUUUGUGGAGUGCUUUACAUCAAAACUGCAUCUUCUAAGACCACGCGGGAUGAACGUUUCAUUCGCGCAUUUGGGUGACUAUGGCCAGCUUCAGGCUACGGAAUGCUUGGAGGCUCAGGUGGUAUACGGAAUGCUUACGAAGACCCCGGAAAAUACAGCUGGUGCUUUGCCGAAGGAAAAGACUGUGGCGGAAUAUUUGCUUGAGGUAAAUAACGCAGAUGAGGCUAAAGGUGUAAGCUGCACGAACUUGCUUGAGGCAAAACGAACAGAGCAGGUUGUGUUCAACAAAACUGGUGAAGAUAUUUUGAAUGCUCAAUGGCAGAGUCUUCAGCUGACACAAACGAUAUAUUCUCAAGAGGAGUACGAAAAGUAUUUGCACCAGUGCAUCCACAUCGGGGUCUUUGUGAAAGUUGAUAGUUGGCAUACGGGUCGUAUGCUUUAUCGUGAGAUUUCUCGUCUUGGGACCCGUAAGAUAGCCUUUGGUGUUGUGGGCAUUCGCUAUGGUGCACUCACGGUUGAUGAUGUCAUUUUCUUCGGCCACACUGCUAAAAUUAUUAUUUGCUUCCGAACCCCUUACGCGCCAUCCAGUGAGAUGGAUCACUUUAUCGAAAUUACGGAUCAAUGGGUGCUUCACACUGAUCAUUUUGCUGAUAUCUUUACCUUCCUAAAAUGGUGUGCGGUCGCAACGCAUCGAGAGAAGUUCCCAGAAGACAGUGAGACCGUUUUGAGAAAUAACAUCAAUGUCGAACAUGUGGUUGACAAUCAUACAGAGCGCAAAAACUCGCCCCAGAAGACUCAACGGAGGAAAAAGCUUCUGAUUAUACGAAAUGAUGAUUGA